AUGGAACAAGACAAUAAGGAUAACCAUUUGGAAGUAGAGACAAGUCAGACAACUAGCACCAGCAACAGUAAUGUUAAUAGAGGUGAAGAUGAAGAUUCGGGUGUCAAGUACAAGUUUUGGAACGAAUCCAAAAAGAUAUGGGUGGUGGCUGGACCUGCUAUAAUAACCAGAUUCUCAAGUUUUGGGUUAACCGUCAUCAGUCAAGCCUUUAUUGGCCACAUCGGCUCUACUGAAUUAGCUGCAUUUUCUCUUGUAUUCACAGUAUUCAUUAGGUUCGCCAAUGGCAUCAUGAUGGGAAUGGCUAGUGCACUGCAAACGCUUUGUGGCCAAUCAUAUGGUGCAAAGAUAUACCACAUGCUUGGAGUAUAUCUCCAAAGAUCAUGGAUAAUAAUGACUACGACCGCAUUGCUCCUUGUUCCUGUUUGUUUCUUUAUAAGCCCAAUUUUUAAGGCUUUAGGCCAAGACAAGACCGUUUCAGAAGUUGCAGGACAUAUUGGUAUCUGGACAAUCCCUGGGGUUUUCGCCUUGGUCGUAUCAUUUACCUGCCAAAUGUUUUUACAAUCACAGAGCAGAAAUGUCGUCAUCGGUUACUUGGCAACAUUUGCUCUUAUAAUCCAUAUCCUCCUUUCAUGGCUCUUAACUGUGAAGUUUAAGUUUGGGAUACCUGGUGUCAUGGUGGCUCUAAUAACAUCAUAUUGGAUACCAAAUGUUGGUCAACUUUUAUUUGUUUUAUGUGGAGGAUGUCCAGAAACUUGGAAGGGUUUCUCCACCUUAGCUUUCAAAGAUCUCUGGGGGAUGAUCAAGCUUUCUCUGUCUUCUGGUGUUAUGCUUUGUCUCGAGCUCUGGUACAAUGCAGUCUUGAUUCUUUUGACUGGGAACAUGGAAAAUGCUGAGGUUGCAAUCGGCGCUCUAGGAAUUUGUCUCAACCUCUAUGGGUGGGAAUUGAUGAUAUCCAUGGGCUUCUUAGCUGCCUCUGGUGUACGAGUGUCAAAUGAACUUGGACGAGGUAGCCCAAAAGGAGCAAAGUACUCAGUUGUGGUUCUUCUGAUAACGUCAAUCACCAUUGGUUUUCUGUUCUUCUUGCUUUUCUUAUCCUUAAGGGGGAAAUUCGCCUACAUUUUCACUGACAAUGAAGAGGUGGCUAAAGGCGUCGCCGAUUUGUCACCUUUACUGGCCUUCUCCAUAUUGAUGAACAGCAUUCAGCCUGUGCUCUCUGGAGUUGCUAUUGGAACUGGACGACAGAAAGUUGUGGCAUGUAUCAAUAUAACAUGCUACUACGUAGUAGGUGUUCCUGUUGGAGUUGUGCUUGGUUAUGUUUUAGACCUACAAGUCAAAGGUGUUUGGAUGGGAAUGUUGUUUGGGACAUUAGUGCAGACACUAGUGCUGAUCAUAGUUACCUACAGAACGGAUUGGGAUAAACAGAUGUCCAAUGCUCGUAAUCGUGUUGACAAAUGGACCAGAACCGAUCCUCAGGAAUCGAACCCCAACUCAUCAUAA